GAGUUCCGAGCUUACAUAGAGAAAAUACUGUAUUUCUGUAUUCCAUAAAAGUCAACUGUACACGUAAAUAUUUAUGACAUUUUAAUACAUUAAAACCAGACUUUCCGUAGAAGUAGUACGCAAACAAACAUUGAGACGCGGCAUCAUUGACUUUGCUAUUCAAUCAUUGGUUGUACGUAGCAGCUGAGCUGAGACUCCACACACUGGUUCAGUAUUUUACUGUUUUAGGUUUUAGGUUUCUUUCAGAGAAGAACGGAGAAUGCACGAGAUGAUGAGCCAGUGCACAGAUGUCACUAUGAUAAAUAACAAUUUUAUAUCGAUGCAUACUUUCUACUAUACCUUAUAAUAAUGUAAAUAAGCUACAAAUCGUAAAAACUUCGAGGGCAUUGUGGAUGUUAGAUUUCAAGAAAAUCAUUUCCUUGAACCUAUUGAAAAUUUGUAAUAUACAUGGGUAUGCUGAAUGUAUCAUAUUUUUAAAAUUGUUUAUCGAAUACUUUUAAUGUACAUACGUUGUACAAUAUAUAACAGGUUAAUGAUAUUUUUAAGUAAUGUUAAAUUAAACGUAUAAAUAUUUUAGUUUUUCCAAAUGGACGAACCACAAUCUGAUACAAAAAAAAUGACACAAGCUGUAGUCGAUAAUACUGUGCCAGCGGCACUGGCUACUUUAGAAGUGUACAAAAUAGCUUCUUAUUUAACAGCAAAAAAUAAGAUCAAAAGGGAUAUAUCUAUAUCUGAAUUGACUGAAAGUCUUAAGAGAAGAUGCAGUUUAAAACCAAGAAAAAGAUUGUGUACAGAGACGAUCAAAUGGAAUCCAGUACAUAAGGUAGAAUUUCCAAAGAAAUAUCCAAAGAAGAGUUUCAAGAGUUUCAGGAAAAGAGCAAACUUGGAAACCAUUCACGAAGAAAAAGAUAGCAUUAGUGAGAAUUUUACACAUAUGAGUGUAAAAAGAUAUAGCACCAUACAAUUUCAAGACACACCCUCCGGACGAAAAAGUCCAUCUAUAGAGAUGAUGAUUAAUAAAUUAAAUAUUGCUGGAACAGAGUCUUCAGCGGUAAUUGAUAGUGAAACAAAGUGAAAAGACAAACCAUUAAUAUGGUACUAUUUUUCAAUCUGUUGCAAGAUUUUUGAAAAUUGUACAAAGUAGUUAUGAUGGUAGGAAUUCUACAACAAGGGAAUCUGUUUUCUUGUUACAUCAUAUCACUGAAACAUCGAGGAAAGGCAUUAACACAAUACAGGUUGUGUUAUAAAUGCACUGCCGUGUAUUUAUAUAAUAAGACAAGUAUUACCAAAAGAAAUAUGUCUUAAUAACAAUUUUUAUAUUCGAAUAUAUAAUAAGUCUCUACUUAAUUAUUUUUUUAGUGCAU